UUCCGAUUCCUCGGCUCCUCUUUCUGUUCCCCCCUCUCGUCUCUCCCCCCGGCCGGGGACAAAAAUUUUGCCCCCAAAAACAAUUCCUCUCGUAGAACCAAAGCAAGGGCAAAAUUUUUCUGCGCCUCCGGUUGAAGAAAACCGCGAUCCAUGUCGGUGAGUGCACAUCGUCCUCUGCAGGAGGAAACUGGUCGCACUAUACCGAAGUUCGGCGCAUGGGACGUCAACAACCCGGCCUCUGCCGACGGGUUCACGGUGAUCUUCAGCAAAGCCAGGGAUGAGAAGAAGGGCCCCAUAAACGGGGACGCCAGCACCAGGUCAUCUGACAGUAAAGACUGCAAUAAGACUGAGAAGAUCAACUCUUACCGCAGGACGAACUCUGCAUCAAAGAAGUGGUUUUGCUGUGUGUCGCCCAGCCCCACGCAACCUUGAGGAAGCAAAGGAAUUGUAUUGUAACACGCUGCUGACGCUGCAUUGUUAAUGCAUACUAGUAAAUGAUUAUACACAUCCAGUGAAAAUGGCCUGGCGUUAGCUCUGUUGCUGGGAAGCUGAUCUUGGGCUCUUCGAGCCUGUUUGCCAUUGACAGAGUACUUUUUCGCCAGCCACCAUGUAUGACUGUUGGGUGAGAAACUUAUGGGCAUAUGGUUGAAACGUUUUGAUUUUGGGUGUACUCAUCAUGGUCUAGUAUUUAAUUAGGCCACAUUUGUACAAGUUCGACGCCUGAUUGUAAUUAUCCAUUCGCUCGUUUUCGUUUCACUGAAGACACAUUUAAAAGUGCUGAUGGAUGAUGGAUGAAA